AUGAACUUAAAGUCAAGUUUGUCAGCAACUUCCGUCCAUGAACUUCUCUUCGCUGACGACUGUGCUCUCAACGCCACCUCCGAACGGAACAUAAAAAAGAGCAUGGGUCUCUUCGCCGACGCCUGUGAGAACUUUGGCCUGAUCACCAAACACGGAGAAGACGGCGGUUCUGCACCAAUCGCCACCCUGCCAGAUUUUCAAGACCAGGUAAGCCUUCGGUCGUCUUCAAAACACAGCAUGAAAUCGUCACGGUCUUCAACUUAGCACGAAAAUGAAGACGUAUAAGGCUGUCAUCCUAUUGGCAUUGCCGUAUGGAGCAUAGUUCUGGACGGUGUACAUGAAGCAGGCAUGUAGACGCGACCAUUUCAACCUCAGUCGUCUUCAUCGAGUACUAACCGACUGGAACGGACGGGAAUCCUCAGCAUCUACGCUAUGUUAAGGCAACUACAACUACUCUGGAGCUGCCACCUCGUACGAAUUGAGGAUGAGAGGCUACCCAAAUGACUCUUCUAUGGAGAUGUCGCGACGGGUUCACGCCGAUAAGGAGGUCAAGCCCAGCGCUACAAGGAUACUCUGAAAACCCAUUUGAAGCACCUGCAGCUCAACCGGGCAAAUUGGUAAGACCUUGCCCGGAGUCAACCUACGCGAAGACAGGCGCAGCAAUCUUCGAAGUCAACCGCUUCACCACCGCCAAAGCCAAACGCAAGAUAUGCAAUUCUUAACCACCGCCGCCGCCGCCGCCGCCGCCGCCGCCGCCGCCGUCGGAAGGCAGCCGACUGACGCCCCAACUCAGUCCACGAAGUCUGCCCAGUUGUGUGUGUGUGUUGUGUGGAGCGGCGAAAUAGUGGGCUGAGAGCCAGGCUGUCAGGGCUCCUUCUCAAGCGAUCUGUGACACUCUCGGCAAGUGAGAAGGGUGUUUGUGUUUGUCUGUGCCCUUUAUGGGUAUUGCCCCUCAGUCAACGUCUGUUCGGUUACUCAACCUCGAAGGGCGACGGCCCAGUCUAAAUGCAAGGCCACGUGUUGCCCUUCUAGGUCAAAAGGUUUGAAAGCGUGUGUUAUUCAAGUAUCAGCAAACCAUGGCCCUCGCAGCCUGGUAUGCGGCGGAAGUUUCCUGACAUCUGCUUCCGCGCCGGUAGAUGCGCUUGCACUCCCGCUAGGUACACAGGUGGUGGGUAUGGCUGCCCAGUCAUCAGUCUCGUCAUUCUGACACCUGUUGCGGUGUUGUCAGUGUUGUUGGUGGUGUAAAAUCAUGGUCAAGUGUAUAUUGUGGACCAGGGGGUGUAGUGACAAGCCUAGGUGCGGGUCAGGCAGUGCCAGCCACCUGCGCCAUCCCACGUCUCCGGUCUUCCAAACUCUGUCUUGACGCCGGGUCCAUGGGGUGGGGCGGGGACGAGGGAGUGCGGUAGAUGCUGCGAAAGUCCACAUUAAUUAUAAACUAAUUCACGCGCAAGUCACCGUGCCUGCUGCACCUAACUGUGUAGCACAUGGUGGACAUCGUCGGAAUCGACGACCGAACUGCCAAAUGUGUGCCAGGUCGUUUGAGUGGUAUGCGCAGAGGACCCCUCCUCAACUCUGUCCGCCAUUUCUCCCCAUUUCAGCAUCAGCUAGCUGAGGGGCUGGUACUCUCUAGGGUACGCUGAUGGGAUCUGUUUCACUUACCGACAUUUGCUAUGGUGUGCAAUUUGAUAUCGCCUCCCAGAAUCCAAUAUAGUUCCCGUGUUAGUCCAGCGCAUCUACCACGCGGCUUGUUUAGGGGGCACUAUUAAACACACAGUCCACACAAACAACAUUUGCGGAUGGGGUCAGAUGACAAUCGUUUCACACGGAUUAGAUCUUACUUUAACGUUUGAAAGAAUUUUUGCACAGUUAGGUUCAAAAAAAUGGAAGACUCCCUACUCCGUUGCAUUUUCUCGGUUUUCGCACGUAAAUCUCGUGAUUUCGGACAUGCCACGAACAUGACAAGAGGACGCAGUUCGCUAUAUGGGUUACCACGUAGGAAAACACCAACUUACCUCUCAACCUGACGAUGACUCGCCAUGAAAGCGUAAACUGAUCGAGAGGUUAAAAUGAACCUAUUUAACAGAACCAAGACGAAAUACCGUCCUCGCAAUUCUAGACGAAUUUCAUCGAGUAAAGUUGAAGCAACCACCACACACCAAACCAUACCGUCUUGAAGAAGGUACGGAGGCGGACGACCAGAAUGACACAAGGUCUGGGAGCACUUUCCUAUGAAACCACAAUGUCACCUCUCAACCUCUUUCCCCUUUCUCACAGGCAACUACCUGA